AUGGAGGCCGAGGAGGGUGGUUUUAUAAAACACGAGUUAAGCCAACUGGAUCUGAAUUCCUGGAGAUCUGUUAAGGAAAGUUUGGAUAGUUUUUUGGUGACAAUACCCACUGUGCUGGGUUUCAUCCUUUCCCGCCUGCUUUGUGGACACCUGCCGGUGCUAUCCACGCGGAGAUUCCUGCUGGAGUUCCUUUUGAUUGGAUUACCCACCGUCAUUUUGGUCACCGUGGGCAGUGCAUAUAGCUACACCUAUUCCCUGGUGGUUUCUUUAGGUGUUUUAGCUUAUACCUAUAAAAAUAACCCUCACGAAGUGCCAAAACUCAGAUAUGAGGUCGGCAAACGACCCAUAGUCUUCACCCUGCUGAGGGCCACCGCGUACAGUGGAACCUGUGCCGCCAUUCUGGCCGUGGACUUUCCAUCCUAUCCCUUUGAUUACCGGAAAAGCAGGACUUUCGGUGCCUCCACGAUGGACAUGGGCAUUGGCCUGUUUGUGGUGACUAUGGGAUUGGUUUCCCAACGAACGAGAAACACCGCUGACCUGAAGAAACUAAAGAGAUCUGUGCUUCCCUUGCUGAUUUUGGGAUUGGCUCGCACUAUUGUUAUUGCAGCGAUUGAUUAUCAUCAGGAUGAGACGGAAUAUGGUCGGCAUUUGAAUGCCUUCUUUAUCCUGGGCCUCACCAAACUGAUGGGCAGCUUCUACAGUCUUUUGGUGAAGUCGGAUGAACAGCUUCUGGGACUUUCAUUGGGUCUGCUUUUCCUGCAUGAACUGCUGCUCCAAAUGGGUCUCUCCGAAUUUGUGAUGUCCUCUGCACCCCACGAGGGCUUUUUCAGUGGCAAUCGCGAAGGCUUGAGUUCUCUACAUGGCUGCGUGGCUCUCUAUCUGCUCAGCAUUUACUUUGCCAAGUGGUAUACCUCCCGGGAUCACCUCAGUUAUCCAGAUCUAAUCAUCAAGUUAAGGAAAAUCCUUUUGUUGGCCAUUAUCUGCUGGCUUUUGACUUUUAUAAGUUCAUACUUAACAGGCAUUGCACGUGUUACAUUUAGUUUUGGCUAUGUCGUUUGGAUUUCCGCUGUGUGCCUAAGUCUUAUUGUGAUUUAUGCCUUUUUCUUUGAACUGAAACUUGUUAACGUAGAUUUUAAUAAUAAGAAAGCGUCUGGAGAUGGCAAGGAAAAGAGCCUCAGCCUGCCCACCUUUGUGGAGAGUCUAAACACCAAUGGUUUGACCCACUUUAUGCUGUCCAACUUUCUCACCGGAAUGGUCAAUAUGUCCUUGGACCCUGGUCAUCGAAAUGAUGUGGAAUCCGUUGCCAUACUAUCCGUCUACAUAUUUGUUUGCUCUGGAGCUGUUUUUAUUAUGCUGAGAAAGGGUAUACGUAUAGCUUAA